AUAAAUGCAGAAGUUCCUCUAUCUAUCGCAAAACUCGAGCAAAUGAUCUCAUAGAUAAUCGCAAUAAUGUUGCCUAAGUUUUACGUAAUUUUUGAUGCCAGUAAUUAAACAUUAAAAAUAUCUAAUUAGUAGCUCUCAUAUUUUAUCAUGAAUAUAUUCGAAUACCCCGCCACACACAAUCGCAAGCAGUAUGGCGAAUCCAUACACCCGCAUACAGCGACCCAUCCGACGGCGUGCUGUACCUCGUGAAAUGACAGAUCGAUAAGUGGAUAUAGUUGGUGGUCCGCGCGGGUUGGGAUAUACUCCAGAAAAAAACGCAUCACGUGUUGAUAAGGUUAAUCAACAGCGAUAACGCGUUGCGUCAUUUAGCAGACCGUCGCGAGCUCUCGCAGAACAAGUACCUCAGGAGACGAGCAUGAGUAAAUACCGUCAACGUGCCAUAAGAAACUCGAAUGGUUCUUGAAGGUCGCUGUUAGAAAUGUCCCAUCAAGCUAACGGGGCCAGUACCGUCGAGACGGUAGAUAAUCUUGUUCCAAUCUUGACACCCACCGCCGAUAUUUCACCGCGAUUGAAGACCUUGGCCGAUCAUUUCAUCUCCAAAUACAAUGUACAGCCUUCCUUUUUCGCCCGUGUGCCAGGAAGGGUAAAUCUGAUAGGCGAACACAUCGAUUACUGCGGAUACUCCGUUUGUCCAAUGGCCAUUGAACAAGAUAUCCUCGUCGCAGUGACAUUAUCGAAAGAUAACGAGAUCCAUCUUACCAAUGUAGAUCCCAAAUAUAAAGACUUCCGAUGCAAUUUCGAGGAUACAGGAUCUUGUAUUAGCGAUAGCGCGAGCGGUCCGGCGUGGUACAAAUAUUUUCUGUGCGGUGUAAAAGGAGCGUUAGAGAUAAUCCCAGCAGAGUCUGUUCCAGCUGGAAUUCUGGUUGCGAUAUGGGGAAACAUUCCCCCUAAUUCUGGUCUCUCCAGCUCCAGCGCGUUGGUCUCCGCCGCGCUCCUUUCGAUCGUACACGCCAGUCAGUGUCAAUUGUCAAAGCAUGAAUUAGCGACUGUUAGUGCUCGAGCAGAAAGACAUAUUGGCACUCAAGGUGGUGGAAUGGACCAGGCCAUCGCUUUUCUUGGGAAAGCAGGUUCGGCUAAGUUAAUAGAGUUUAAUCCCUUGCGCGCAACUGAUGUAAUCUUGCCAGAAAAUGCAGUGUUUGUGAUAGCACACAGUCAAGCUUAUCACAACAAAGCCUCGACUGCCGACUACAAUCUCCGAGUUGCGGAAUGCCGAUUAGCCGCACAGAUAAUAGCCAAGAAACGAAAUAUAGAUUGGGAACGUAUUCAAAGAUUAAUCGAUAUUCAAGAGAGGCUCGCCUCUGAUUUGGACGAAAUGGUUACGAUAGUAAUGACAGACUUACACGAAGAACCAUAUACUCUUGAUAAGAUCUGUGAGAGCCUCGGUACGGAUUACGAACGAUUGAAAAAGACGUCUCUCGUCAGUUCCUUUAAUAUCUCACAAACAUUUAAACUGCAGCAGCGGGCUCUACACGUUUUUCAAGAGGCUAGCAGAGUGCUCACGUUCCGCCGUAUAAACGAGGAAGGCAGCAUAAUGGAACACGAGAAGCUUCAACAUCUAGGCAACCUGAUGUCGAAGAGCCACGCCAGUCUCCAUAAACUGUACGAGUGCAGCCAUCCUAGCGUGGAUGCGCUCGUCGAAAGGGCCGUGCUUUGCGGUGCAUUUGGCGCUAGACUCACAGGAGCUGGUUGGGGUGGUUGCAUCGUGGCUAUUAUUGAUAAAAAUGGCGUUCAACAAUUCGUGGAAGAUCUCCGAACAUAUCUUUGUCAAAAUAGCACAAAGAACCGAGCGGAGCUCGAAGAUAUGGUAUUCCCGACAUCACCAAACCAGGGUGCUGUUAUUUACACAGUGUCAACACCAUUCUGAAUCGAAAACCCGUGAUGUAAUAAAUAAACAUAAUGGCUUUCCUCGGUCCGCGUCAUGCCAUCCUUU